AUGUGGGAUCAACAAUCAGCAUACAAUUUGAUAAGCGGAAACUUCCCACAUUACGAUUUAUCAAAUCGUUUUUUGAGUGCAAUCGAUUUGGCCGCAUCAUAUACAGCACUUUAUGCCGUGCUCCAUAUUUGUCUUCCAUCGUAUCCAGUGUAUAUCGUAAUAUUCAUACUUCGUAGAAAAAUAGUAAAAGCAUUAAAAACAAAUGAAAAACUUUUAUCAAAAGAAACAAAAUCAGUUCAUGCGCAAAUGCUAAGAUGUUUAACAUAUCAAUCGCUUAUUCCAAUUUUCAUGGUUUUAGCUAUAUGUUUAUAUCUUAUCGCACAAUUUGGAAUUUAUAAUAGUCGCUGGCUUGAAUUAUCAAUUAUGUCUUCAUAUUUACCCAUGCCAGUUUUAUCUUCUUUAACAUAUAUUUGUUUUGUUCGACCAUAUCGUCAAUAUUGUAAACGGUAA